UCCGGAGGCGGUUAGGGGAACCCACCAGGCCGGAACCUUCUGGAACUCUUUCCUGAGGGAACCGUGACGAAGAUGUGGACCAGUGAAUUUGAAAGCUAUAGCAGUUCCUCUUUUGGGGGAGCCGGAGGCUACACACAGUCCCCUGGGGGCUUUGGAUCACCAACACCUUCCCAGGCCGAAAAGAAAUCUAGAGCCCGAGCUCAGCAUAUUGUACCCUGUACCAUAUCUCAGCUGCUUUCUGCUACUCUGGUUGAUGAAGUGUUCAAAAUUGGAAAUGUUGAGAUUUCACAGGUCACUAUUGUGGGGAUAAUCAGAAAUGCAGAGAAGGCUGCAACCAACAUUGUUUACAAAAUAGAUGACAUGACGGCUGCACCCAUGGAUGUUCGCCAGUGGGUUGACACAGAUGAUGCCAGCAGUGAAAACACUGUGGUUCCUCCAGAAACAUAUGUGAAAGUGGCUGGUCAUCUGAGAUCUUUUCAGAACAAGAAAAGUCUGGUAGCCUUUAAGAUCAUGCCCCUGGAGGAUAUGAAUGAGUUCACCACACAUAUUCUGGAAGUAGUCAAUGCACACAUGAUGCUGAGCAAGUCUAACAGCCAGCCCUCAGCAGGGAGAGCACCUAUCAGCAAUCCAGGAAUGGGUGAAGCUGGGAACUUUGGUGGGAAUAGCUUCAUGCAAGCAAAUGGCCUCACUGUGGCCCAGAACCAGGUACUGAAUUUGAUUAAGGCUUGCCCAAGGCCUGAAGGAUUGAACUUUCAGGAUCUCAAGAAUCAGCUCCAACACAUGACCGUAGCCUCAAUCAAGCAAGCUGUGGAUUUUCUAAGCAACGAGGGACACAUCUAUUCCACUGUGGAUGAUGAUUAUUUUAAAUCCACAGACGCAGAAUAACUGGAUCUAAUUGGGUACCCGAGAUAUUUUCCAGCUGGACUUUUUAUGCAAUCUCUUGUCUCCAGCUGUGCAUAUAUUUGGCAGGUUGACUUCUAGGAAGCAGGUUUCAUCUAUAAAAGGUUUCAAUUGACAUCCUUUUGAAACUUACUACUGUUCUGUGUUUUUGAAGCUCAGAGGGAUAUGGGCAACUGACAGGGAUGUAAACCAGGGCGGAAUUUCUUAAAGAAGUUACAAAUUAGUUAGUUACAAUAUCAGGAUAAAUGGAAUUGGAAGAGG